AUGGGGCUCAUCGUGGCAGAAGCCAACAGUUCCUCAUGCCAGUACCCCACCCAGGGAGUAUGUGGUGCAACCAUCUACCUCAACCCUCAUCCUCCCUGCCACAUGGUAGAGGAAGUCUCUUUGAAAGGUAAUGGUGAGAAUCGCAUGUUCCUGACCAGUCCAAGUCUGUCAGCUCUGAACAAGCAGCUGAGUGUGGUCACGUACACCAACACUGUGUUCCACCCCAGGACGGCCGACAAUGUGGAGUUUGGAACUGAUGGUCAUCGAGCUUUUUUCACAAUAAAAAUUCAGCACAAAACUACUCCAAAGCUUUACAACUCUGGACACCACGGAGAGUACAACAUCAGUGCUUUGGUCACUAUAGCGACAAAGACUUUUCUACGCUAUGAAAAACUCAAAGAUCUAAUUGAAAGUGUUCGAAAGUUCUACCCCACAGUUACCAUAGUGAUCGCUGAUGAUAACCAGCACCCUCAACCAGUGAUUGGGCCGCACAUCGAGCAGUAUAUCAUGCCAUUUGGAAAGGGCUGGUUUGCCGGCAGAAACCUAGCUGUGUCUCAGGUAACCACCAAGUAUGUGUUAUGGGUGGAUGAUGACUUCUACUUUACCUCAAAUACCAAACUGGACAAGAUGGUGGAUAUUUUAGAGAAAACAACACUGGAUCUGGUUGGUGGGGCUGUGCGGGAGGCAACUGGUUACACUGCAACUUACCGCCACACCAUUUCAGUGGAGGAGGGAGGAGAGGAGGGGGACUGCCUACACAUCCGGAACGGCCAUCACCACGAGCUCCCAGGCUUUCCUCACUGCGUGGUGGCUGAUGCUGUCAUCAACUUCUUUAUGGGAAGGACAGACAAGGUGCGAGAGGUGGGAUUUAACCCCCGCCUGGCCCGACAUGCUCAUCUGGAGUUCUUCAUUGAUGGUCUUGGCUCUUUGCACAUUGGUUCCUGCAGUGAUGUGAUUGUGAACCAUGCCUCAAAGAUCAAACUGCCCUGGGGAGAAACAGACUCGGAAAAAGAAUAUGCUAAAUUUCGUUUUUCCUCUACCAUUGAUGAUACUAAACUGCACAAUGAAGUCUUCUAUUUCACCAACAGGUUCAAGUGCAUGACAAGCCACUGA